AUGACUUCAACGUUUGAUGUAUCGCCUGCGAGUCUUUAUGACAAAGACAACCGCUCUACUCAACCUUAUUCUACCUCGGAUCAGCACGUAUCAACCUCGUCUUUCAGCUCGAACCAACUGUUGCCCACGUUGUCGCAUAACGACAACGACUCCCUCUCUCCGAUUAACUACCUUGAGACACCCGAUUCAACUUCUAGUUUGGGUCAAUACCAACCCAGUGACUUCAGCGACCUUGACGACGAUCCAUUCUUUGGUGCUGACUUCAAUGCCGAUGGAGGCACUCCCAACUUUCUGGGACAGGGCAUAACUGGACUGGACCAACCUGUGGGCCAGGGAUUUAUGCCAAACAAAGACGCCGACUCUGGCACGUGUCCGUUGACGCCAGAACAAACAGCAUCGGUGCAUGCUACACCACCUCAGAGCGAUCUCACUUAUGCUAUCAGGGGGUCUGCUCCAUCUGAGCUACCCAAUUGUAUUUCGCCACAAGUGAUUCAGAAGCGCUUCAACCCUGAUCCAAUUAAUACAAAGACGUCUGAGUUAACGCCAAGUCAGAGUAGCAGCUGCCUGUCUAGCGAAGACGCACCUGGAGUUUCCACUAUGACCAGUCCUCGCGUUACUGUCUCUAUGUGGGGCACCCAUAAUGAGACUUCAGUUCAUUCCUCGGUUGAGCGCGGCUUCGAUGAUAGUCCUACUACAGUCCGCGGUGGUUUUGAGUUGGCUGGCGAUUUGAUGUCGUCUAGAGGCAACACCUCAGCCCGUGACUCUUCCGGCAAAUGGCAGCGAAAUUCGUCAACAGGCCAAGCCGGUCUCGACCCUAACAACCGUCCCUCUGACGAAGUGCCAAGCAUCAAUGAGCUUGCCAAUCAUCGGGAUGAUGACGAGCGUAAAGAGCUUGUGGGUGAAUGGCUGGCCCACAAGCUCGAUGAUCUCUCGGUCAAGCCAGACGAGAACUCACGCGAUCAAAUUAACGAAUUGAACUCUCAGCGAGAUGAUCCGAAUGAUCAUGAGAUCCCCUUCGGCCGUGAAACCGAGAACAGGUUCAUUCCCGGACAGACUUAUUACCGUGACCAAGGCGAAAUGAACCAGCAAGACCGCGACAUCAUCGCUGCCAACCGCAACUGGGCCGAUGCCCCUAUGUUCCCUUCAAUCACUCGGGGGCAGCCUGGAAGACAUCAACCCGAAUCGUCGGCGGCUGCCAUGGAAAAGUUUGAGCGUAUGUAUCGUGAUACUGACUCCGUCUUGUCGAGAGCCGCAACAUGGGGAACACGUCGCCGAAGUCUCCCUAGUAUUUUCGACCUCGAUAUGGCACAGGGCACGAGUGGCGGUAUCUUGAAAAAGCUUUCGGUCAGCCGAGAGAGCAAAUCAAAUAAGCCGGGAAGCCUUCUCGAAAACCUUCGAGGUCUGGUACGCCGUCCUAGCGCAUCUCAGCUCCUCAAACGCACACGCAGCAGUGGCAAUGACGAGGACAGCUUGCCCAGCAGCGAGGAGAGAGGAAGUCAAGAUUCGAAGCGCGAUAGUAUUUCCAAACAAAGAGAUGGUUACCUUCAACCAACCCGCAUGGGUAGCUGGGGCAAGAAGCCCACACCUUCAAUCAACACCGCCAUCGCAUCCAUGGGUAGCAACAUUGCAUCCAUUGGCACGACGCAUACUCGGAGCGGAUCGGUCAGUGUCAGCGGCACCCCUGGCGGGUCUAUCACAUCUCCAAAAAGCCCCUUUGGUGGUCUCUCUGUCAAGAACCCGCUUCGCCGCGCACGAAGCAAAUCUGAGCUCCCUAAACCUUCACCGAAUGGUAUGCAAUCAGAAAGCCACUCGACUCUUGUCUCGAUGUGGAAGCGGGAGACGGGCGGCCCGCCUGUAGCAGCAUUAGCCAAGUCGAAGCAAGUCGAUAUGGACGACGACGAGGAUGACGAUGACGAUUUCGGCGAUGAAGCUGAUAUGAGAACAAACCCAAAUGUUAUAGACAACAUAACCCCGAAUCUUGAAGGGUUCCAGCAACAUAUCAUUGACCUGAAUCCGAGCCUGGCUACUGCCAACACCUUCCUCGUUGAUCGGAUCGCAUACCAUCAGGUCCAGAGAUAUAAAUACCUGCUAAAAAACAAGGUUACCCAUAUUGGUCUAGGAGCAGCAUGCAACUCUGGAGUCAUGUGCGCAUCUAGGGAUGGCUCUGCUACUCUUCUUGACCAGAACAAGAAUGUGCGAGAGCUGGAUCCACUUUCAUCUCCAAAUGACGAGGAUGAGGGGUCGCUGGGCGAGGGUGCCAUAAAUACCGAGAGUUUCCCUCAGGACAUUCCGAUGCCUCCAACAACCCACCUUCCAGCCGAAUUCGAGUGCCGCCUCUGCUAUGCGACCAAGAAAUUUAUGAAGCCGUCAGACUGGACGAAGCAUGUCCAUGAGGACGUGCAGCCUUUUACGUGUACCUGGGACAAAUGCCCCGGGCCAAAGAUGUUUAAGCGCAAGGCUGACUGGGUUCGACAUGAAAACGAAGGCCACCGUCAGCUUGAGUGGUGGACAUGUGACGUUGAAGCCUGCCAUCAUCAGUGUUAUCGCCGGGAUAACUUUCUUCAGCAUCUUGUACGAGAGCACAAGUACCCCGAGCCCAAGGUCAAGAGCAAAACUGCCAUAAAGAAGGCGGGCGGUUCAGAACCGACAUGGCAAAAGGUCGAGCAGUGUCACCACGAGACCACGAAGAAGCCCCAUGAUGAGCCUUGCCGUUUCUGUGGAAAGACAUUCCCAACGUGGAAGAAACUGACAGUGCACCUGGCCAAGCACAUGGAGCAAAUAUCGUUGCCAGUACUCCGUCUUGUCGAUGCUAAAGCCAGCGAGCUCAGUGCGGACACUAUCAUCAGUCCGGUCCAAGACCCUCCUCCACGAAACAUCUUAACUACGCCCAUCGAGCAGACCAACCUCCCGAUGCAGUAUCCGAUGGGAGGCCAACAACAGCAUAUUUCACACCAGAACCAACAGAUGUAUCAAAACCACCAGAGCCAGAUGGCAUACCCUGUCAUGUCAUCUGACUCGUAUCAACAGCCGCAACAACAACAGGGAUUUUACACCGAACAAUACAAUAAUGUUGGCAACGUCGGCCACAGCUUUUCGUCAGCACAUGCAGAGAUGGGGAUGCAUCCCAUGAAUCAGAACUAUAAUGCUCCAAUGCAGGACAUGAACGUGACAAACGCAGGUUACCAGCAAAAUGCCAACGCCUUCAUGAUGCCCAGCAACGGGUUGAACUCAUACAACCAAAUGAACGCUCUCGGCCUUCAGAGCCAAGGUAUGUCUGUUGGACCGAUGGUAGCAAUGGUGUAUGAUGACCCUUCGAGUGGAAAUGGAAGCCCGUUCAGCGGUCAAGGAUCCGCGUCCCCCUACUCUCACUCACCAAACAUGAAUGCCAACACCGGCAAUGGCAUGUGGGGCGAUAGACGCAUGGCUGGAUUUUAA